CCAACUAGAAAUCACUUAUUAACAAAAUAAAAAAGAAGAAGAAGAGAGAUCAGAUAACUUUAGAAACCAACAAUGGCGAACAAAAGGACAAACUAUCAACGUCAUCCCUCUUCUUCAUUUCCCACGUGCUUCAAAUUUUCAUUUCAAUAAUUUUUUUUUUUGUAUUUAUCAUUUUUUCUUAUAAAUAGAGUAUUUUUCUUCUCCAAAUCCUCGAACAAGUCAUACAUAAAGAGGCGUUAUAAAACCUACCAAAAAUAUUUCGAGCUUUGAUAUAAGUCUUGAACUAAUAAUGGAAUGGAGAGAGUGUUAUUUAGAUGUGAUCUUGGUGCCGCCAGGGAUAAUGGUAUAUGCUACUUACCAUGUUUACUUGUGGUACAAGUUACGUACACAGCCUCUCACCACCAUCAUUGGUACCAACGCUAGAGCUCGCCGUUUCUGGGUCGCUUCCAUCAUCAAGGACAACGAGAAGAAGAACAUCUUGGCAGUUCAGACGCUAAGAAACUGCAUAAUGGGAUCAACAUUAAUGGCCACAACGUCGAUUCUUCUCUGCGCGGGUCUAGCCGCGGUUAUAAGCAGCACAUACGCAGUAAAGAAGCCUCUAAACGACGCCGUUUACGGAGCUCACGGGGAGUUCAUGGUGGCUCUCAAGUAUGUCACAAUCCUCACCAUCUUCCUCUUCUCCUUCUUCUCUCACUCUCUCUCGAUCCGGUUCAUCAACCAAGUCAACAUCCUCAUCAACACUCCUUUUCCUCCAGAGGAGUUGGAUGAGGAGAUGAUGGUAACGCCGGAGGAGUACGUGGCGGAGUUGCUGGAGAGAGGAUUUGUUUUGAACACGGUGGGUAAUAGGUUGUUCUAUGCGGCGUUGCCUUUGAUGCUUUGGAUAUUUGGACCGGUGCUUGUGUUCUUGUGCUCGGUCAUGAUGGUUCCUCUUCUUUAUAACCUCGAUUUUUUCUUCUUUGGUAAACAAAGGAAAAAAAUCGAUGGAAAAACCAGUUGUGGAAUUGUGUAGUACCGAGUUUGAGUUGGUCGAGCAAGUGAUGGUGAAUAAGUGAUCGAUGAUUCAAUAAAACAUGACACAAUUGCAGAUUUGGAAGAUUAGUUUAGUUUUCGACUUAAGAUCGUUUUGUUCAAGCGACUUUCUGAGUACAUUAUGCGUAGAGUAGUGUAUUAAUCAUGGUCAUAUAGCAUUUGAUUAGGGCUUAUGGAGCGUUAGAUGAUGAAAGAGUAUGAGUUACAUCAUGAGAACUUUAAGAUAUAUUAUUGUAUUGGAGUAUGUUUUUUGUGUCACGUUUUGGUUUGUUGAGAUUUGAGCGUUAUUAUUGGCAUUUCCAUGUGGGUAACUUUAUAAUGUAUACGCGUAUGAUUAUGUUAUAUGUGUGUGUUACUUUCUGUUAUAAUUCACGUGACAUACGUCUACCAAGAAAAUGUGAAGUGUACAUAUUGAUUCCGUGCAUUAGUAUCACUCUGAGUUAGUUGUCAUGUGUCGGGACCAGUCGUCACGAUCGAGCUAUAUAUAUCCUCACAAUAUACAACAGUUUUUUAAAAGGGUUAAUAUACAACAGAUUUUUUCUGCAUAUAGUAUGAAACCAUAAUGAUUAAAACUGCUAACGACAUAGUAUCAGAGUUUUCUUUUUCUUUUUUUAAUCAGCUCUUACCGAGUUGUGGAAGCCCAUGCAUGUUCAGAUGAAACUAAAAUUGUUUGUUAAUGAACUUUUUUUGUUCUUUAAAAAAAAUUAUAAGUUGGAUCAGUUCAGUCAAAGAAAAGAUGUUUCUCACAGCAAAAAUUUACAGUUUUAGCAUUGGAAAAUUAUUUGGUUAUUGAUGUGCCUUAGAUUUGAAUAGCCAAAGGGGGUCACUAAAUAUUAAUGUGGCCAACAUAACCAGUCAUGGUAACACACUAUAUAUGGCUAAUUAGAAAGUAAUAAAAUAAUGUCAACUAAUCCACAAAAUAUAUACAAAUAAACAUUUGGCUGGACGACAGUAGAUUAUAUGUGGCCAUCCAUGGUCAAAGAGUUGCUUGGUAACACACAAGCUCCACGGCUAACAACCGCUAAUUCACAAACUGAUAAAAAUUGAUGUCUAUUUAGAUACACAAACACAUACAAAUAAACAAUGAUUAUAAUUGGCAAUGAGCAUACCAUGAAAUAAUACGGCUAAAUUUGUCCUCAAAGUGGCAUGUUUGCAUUCUCAAGUAUGUGAUUGAUAUGAAUGUUUGCUUCUAAAUUUGUAACCUCAAGAUUAAAGAAUGAACAUCUUUCCAGGAGAAUACAAAAGCUAUAGCUAUAAGUCAAAUAUCAGAUAAUUGUCAUGUUCUGCAAUUAGAGUAACAAUGACAAAGUGACUAGCAUGUUCUGCAACUAAGGUCAUCCACAACACUUGGCAAAUUAAGAUUUACAAAUGUGAUAAAUCGCUCUCAUCGGAGAGCACAAUUCUCUCAUCUCUCCUCCUUUCAGCUACUGUUAUGUUUUUUUUUUAUGUUUUUUAUUUUAAUUUUUUGAAAACACCAAUGAGAGGCUUACCCUUAUGGAUAGUCUAACUGGGGGGUUAUUGGUAGAAGAAUUUUAGAGGAAUUACAAAAUUUUAAGAAUCUAUUGUUAUUGGAACAAGAAUUUUUAAAAUCUAAGUAAAAUCCAUUGUUAUUGGGAUGCAGAUUUUUAAAUUUUAUUCAAAAUCUUUUGUUAUUGAAAAGUUUACUUAUGAUGGAUUUAACAAUUCUAUUAAAAUCUUUUGUUAUUGGGAUGUAAAUUCUUUUUAUUUUUACUCAUAAGACUCAAUUUUGAGAAUAUAUUCUACACCUAUAAGAUUUCUAAAAUCUAUAUUAUAAAACUCACACAUAUAAACUCACAGUCUAGGAUGGUGCUUCAAGAAAAGAAAAAUAACGAAAGCAAAGCUGACAAAAAUCUUUAACAAAAUUGUAAAAGAAGAUGUUAAAGUGGUGAUGAUGCUAUUCAAAGUGUUUUUGCUUUCAUCGAUGAUAUAUAAUAUAAAGAGAGAGUUCGCUGUUAUUAUCAAAAGCAAGCUAAUGUAAUAUAUUCCUUUUCCCAGAAACACCGUAGACAUAAAUCAAUCUUCAAUUGGUAGUGAUGCAAUUCAAAUCAAGCUACUAAAAUUGAAAAGUUUCUAGAAAGAGAGAUUCGUUUAUAUUAUCUUAUAAAGAGAAACUUUUUGAAAAAAUAUAUUAUGCAAAUCCAUUGCAUUCAAUAUAAAUACAUACAAAACAUUUGCUAGAAGUUCAGAAAAUAUUUAUUAACUCUACUUAAAUUUUAAGAAUCUCUCAACUCUUAAAAUUAUUAAAUUCCAUUCAAAUUCUUGUUCCAAUAACCCCCUCUAAGAAUCGAUAUGAAUAAUAUGUUAUUCAAUGUUCAUUUAUGGCUGAGUAUAUUAUUUAUUUUUUAUGUUGAGAUCAUGUUCAACUGUUGUUCAAAAAAAGAUCAUAUUGUUCAAUUUAUUUUCGAAUCUGUUUUUGCAAUAGUAUUUGGAGCUAAAUCUACUCAAAUUCAACUGUACUUAUUAGUAGAAUAAACAUAAUUUCUUUAUUUUACUUUUUAUCCAAAUGAAUGAUAUUUUAGAAAAAUAUAUGGAAAUAUUAUAAAAAAUAUUUUGAAAAAUAGCAAAAUAAUUUUAUUCAAAAAUUUGAUAAGAAGAAAAAUAUGCUAUUCACUGUUGCAAAUUUAUAGAUCUUUAAUAUCGUCACUAAGAGUAUGAUUAUUGGGAGGUUCUUAUGGUGAUGUUCUUAGCGGAAUAUAAGAACCCAUCUCUUAACUUUUAACUAAAAAAAGCUAAGAACCGGUUCUUAAAUAUCUUAUUUAACUAAAAAAGCGAAGAAUCUGUCUCUUAACUUUUAACUAAAAAAACUAAAAACUGUCUCUUCACUUUUAACUAAAAAAGCUAAAAACCGACUCUUAAAUAUCUAAAAAUACUAAAAACUGUCUUAAGUUAAAAACCUCACCUUAAGAACUUUAGAAUAAUCAUGUUCUAAGAUCUGAUGUUUUAAUAUAGCCAUUUGGAUUCUCGCCACGUCGUUAAUGUAAAAAAAAAAAACAUAGAAGUAGAUCUGGUGAUACCACGUGUCGAUCACGACAUCCCCACGAUGUCAACAACACAACACACAAACCUUCUUCCCUCGUCUCUGUCCUCUUUGCAAGGUGUUGGGUGAAAAAUAUAUUGUACGGUCCAUUGUCAAAAAAAGGAAGGAUAUAUAACAGAGAGAGAUCGUGGAAACGUUUCUCUUUUGUUUUGUUGGAAUCUCCGUCCCUUUUGUUGAUCGUCGCGAGGUUCAGUGGUGAAUAUUAGCCAUGGCAGCCGCCAAGCUCGUGGCUUUGUUACUUCUUCUUGCCUUUGUUUUCACCACCACCACUGUCUUCGCCGGAGGAGCCGGAGAUUGUUGACGCCGCCGGAUCCGACGGCUCCUCUAAGAUCCAGCUGGAUCAGCUUAACGCCAAGAUCCUUGCCUUAGAGUCUCAAGUCGAUGAGAAAGCUCGCGAGGUUAAGGGCAAAGACGAUUUGGUAGCAGAGAAGGAGAAGCUGCUUAAAGCAAAAGAAGACAAGAUUGCUUCCUUGCAGACUGAAGUCUCAUCACUACAAGGAACAUCAGAUUCUGCUAAACAGUUGGGGAAGGUUCAAGCACGAGUUGUUGAGUUAGAGAAGCAGGUGGAGGUACUCAGGAACUUCUUGGAGCAAAAGAACAAGGAGAAAACUUGCACAGAAGCUCUGACUAAAGAGGCUGAGAAAAAACUAACCGAAUUAAACUCAAGUCUAGACGAACUUGAGAAGACAAAUGAAGAGCAGAUGAAGAAAAUAGGCAAACUUGAACGUGCUAUUAAGAUAGCUGAGG